GGCAGCAUUAUUCAGCAGGAGUCGAGGUUCCGCUCAGCAUGUUCCGCAAUCAGUACGACAAUGACGUUACCGUGUGGAGCCCUCAGGGCCGUAUCCAUCAGAUUGAGUACGCAAUGGAGGCCGUGAAGCAGGGAUCUGCCACCGUCGGACUGAAGUCUAAAUCUCACGCUGUGCUGGUAGCGUUAAAGAGGGCACAGUCAGAACUGGCGGCUCAUCAGAAGAAAAUUCUCAAUGUGGACAAUCACGUUGGUAUUUCCAUUGCCGGCCUCACCGCCGACGCCCGCCUCCUAUGUAACUUUAUGCGGCAGGAGUGCCUGGACUCUCGCUUUGUGUUCGACCGCCCCCUGCCGGUGUCCCGACUGGUCUCCCAGAUUGGCAGCAAAACCCAAAUUCCAACUCAGCGCUAUGGGCGGAGACCAUACGGCGUUGGGCUGCUCAUCGCUGGAUACGAUGACAUGGGACCCCACAUUUUCCAGACCUGCCCCUCUGCAAAUUACUUUGACUGCAGAGCAAUGUCCAUCGGAGCGAGGUCUCAGUCGGCGCGCACCUACCUGGAGCGACACAUGUCGGAGUUCCUAGACUGCAAUCUGAACGAUCUGGUGAAACACGGGCUCCGCGCUCUGAGAGAAACCCUCCCGGCAGAGCAGGAUCUCACCACUAAGAAUGUCUCUAUCGGCAUCGUUGGGAAAGAAAUGGAGUUUACAAUCUACGAUGACGACGAGGUCGCCCCGUUUCUGGAGGGCUUGGAAGAAAGACCCCAGAGGAAGGUUGCGCCCCCUGCUGAAGAACCAGUAGAAAAGCAGGAGGAGCCUAUGGAGCACUAAACUGAAAGUGGAUGAAGGCCCCGCCCUGAACCCGCCCCCGAGGACCCUAUGCCACAUUGCUCCCCCCAGCAGAUCUUGCUUUACAUACACAAUACUAUUCUGGAGAAAUAAAUCUGCUUAUGGCAUUUCCUGACAUUUUGUAUGAUGAUAUUGUGAUUAUAAUUGUAAAAGCGACGAAGAAUAAAGGAUUUUUUUUCCUCUUCAA